AUGGCCGUCUCGAGCAAAGAUACUCGGAUCAAAUUGGUCCGCAUCACGCAUGUCUACUACACCCACAAGGAUAUCGAAAAGGCUCAUGAGUUUCUCCUAGACUUUGGGUUUCAAGAAGUCAAGCGCGUAGGGAAGGACAUCUAUUAUCGCGGAAGCAGUGCAGAGCCCUUUGUCUACAGCGCACGACAGGGGGAAGAAGAUGUGUUUGGCGGCGCAGCGUUUGUUGUUGAAUCCGAGUCCGAUCUCGUUGCUGCCCAGAAACUUCCUGGCGCCACCCAGAUUUACGAGUUAAGUGAUGCGCCUGGUGGUGGUCGUUGCGUGACUUUCUAUGACCCAGUGGAUAAUUUCCCCUUCCAUCUUGUGUACGGACAAAGUCCUCACCCCGACGAGAAGGCGCUGCCGCAGCUCGACUUGAAUUUUCCAACAGAUAAACACCGGCCGGGUAACAAAUCUCAGCGAUUUCAAAAGGGCCCCGCGCCAGUGCACAAACUCGGGCAUUUUGGCAUGUGUGUCACCGAUUUUACCAAGUCAUAUGAGUUUUAUACCACCCACUUCAACUUCAAGCCGAGCGAGACUGAUGCGGCUCUUUCCACUGCUAUUCAGUUAGUCCAUGACUCUACUGGGAAAGAUGUCACCACUUUCCUUCACUUAGACCGUGGCAAUGAGUUAGUCGAUCACCACUGCUUCUUUUUCUUCGAAGGGCCAGAAUCGCACGUACAUCACUCCUCAUUUGAGACCCAUGACUUUGACACACAGUUGUUAGGUCAUGACUGGCUCCGCAGUAAAGGUUAUGAGAGCUGCUGGGGCGUCGGCCGCCACAUCAUGGGCAGUCAGAUUUUCGAUUAUUGGUUCGAUACUUCUGGCUUUAUCGUUGAACAUUAUGUAGAUGGAGAUCUGGUCGACGACAAACAUCCCGUUAAUCGAACACUGGCCUCGCCUGAUAACUUGCAUGUCUGGGGUCCGGAUCUCCCUCCAGGUUUCUUACAAUAA